AUGGGGAGCCGGAGCCCUCAGGGUUGCGGCCCUAGCGGCAGAGGUUUAGGGUCAGUGACAUGCGCCCAGCAAAGUGCGGGAAGCCAGAAUGUCUUCUCUCGGAUAUUGAGAUCGUCAAAGUCUCUCGACAAGCAGACAUCAGGUCCACCGGCCACUUGCUCCUACGACGUCCUCUGCUUCGGCAAGGUGCUGCUGGAGCUGGUGACCGGCAACUUCGGCAUCAGCGGGUCGAACGACGGCACCUCGGAGGAAUGGCUGGUGAACACUCUUAACCAGAUCAACGGCGGCGGCAAGGCGAGCGUCACGAGCAUCAUCGACCCCUUGCUCCUCGUCGACGAGGACCACCAGGAGGAGGUGUGGGCGGCGGCGAUCAUCGCCAAGGCCUGCCUGAGCGCCAAGCCCUCGCGGCGGCCGUCGGCGCGGCACGUGCUCCGCUCCCUGGAGAGCCCGCUGCGGGUGGUGCGGCAGGGCUCGUCGUCCCGGUCGGACUCGGCCCGGCUGCGGAGUUCGUCGUCGAGGAGCUCGUGGCAGCCCGUGUUCUUACAGGGGAACAACCACCGGGUGCAGAGCCUGGACCGGCGGCACUCGGUGAGGUCUCACGGGAGCGGCGGGGAGGCGUCGUUCUCGUUCUCGUUCAAGAGGGCCGUGCGGCGGCGCCGGAGCCGGUGGCGGCGGCGCUCGACGAGGAAGCCGUUGUUGUGGAGCGUUACUGGUAGCGAGUAGGACGCCAUUUCUUGGGUUCUUUCUUACAGGCAUUCCUGAUUCUUUCCUUACGUGAUGUCAGUCACAUCGCAUCGUGUGUAUAAUUUGUUGUUGUUGUCUGAUGCGUUGAUCCGGUGUUCCAACAUGACAAGAAAAGAAAAAACUGUGCAUGAAUUGCAUGUUUUCAAAUAUUUUGAGUGAAUUUUAAACUUCUUUU